UCACUACCCUCUGGGAACUAUCAAUAAGUCUCCGACCGUAAAUUGAACUCUAAGGAAGUAAUAGAAGGCCACCGGUCGGCAAAGGAUACUUCGGGUAGGAAUCAAUGCUCCCAAGUGUGGGCCUAGAUUAUUGUCAUCCACCCCGGCGAAGACUGAUGAAACAUUCUGUCAAUAUAGCUUCUAAUAUUGAGUUGACUGGCCAAUACUUUGUUAUCUGCUCAAGUCAUUGUGGGAGACAACAGUAUCUCGGUCAGCUACACUAUUUUGUGUUCCCAGUAUGUCCUGCCAUUUCCCGCUUACUAUCAUGCCAUGUUGGUGCCUGGUUAUCAAUGACUCUUCACUCCGGUACGGAAGAUGGUCGGGUAUAUUCUCACUUGGAAUGUCAGUGUCUAUUUUUAUCAUUUUCGGUCAUCAGAUAUUGUAGUGAAUGGGCUCCUCAGAGGUUAUGGACUAGGGCUGAUUCUACGGUAAUGGAUUCCCAUGGAUGGAGGACUACUUACUGCAGACGCUGGUUCAUUUUCGAAAGCCAAAAUGGGACCUUAAAAGGUCGGUUUUUAUCCCCUUAUUUUUGGCGCUAUAAAGCGAAAAGGCCCCUCAACUUCACUGCUCCAUAAGGGAAAGUUUUUCAUACCGAUUUACUGUCGGCCUUUGCAGGACCAAGAAAGGCUUCUCUAAAACAAAGCCUUUCGAGACGUCAUGGUUACGCACUAAUCU